GCCUAAGCCCCGGGCCCUCUUGCGCUUCGGGGCCCACUUCUGCUCCUCAGCGAGACCUCCCGAGAAGCCCGGGGGCAAUAGGGGCGGUGCCCGGGUCCAGUCGGCUCCAGCGCAGUCCAGCCCAUCUCCACCGCGGGGGAGAACAAGAGCGGACCGGAAGUUUCCCGGGCGCGCUAGCGGCCGAGGCCGUUACUGCAGAGCACCGGAAGUGGCCAUAGGCCGGCGUCCGGGCCGCGCCCGCAGUGAGUGAGCUUUCCUCCGGCCGGCGACGCCAUGGAGCCCGGGGCGGCCGAGCUGUACGAUCAGGCCCUGCUGGGCAUCUUGCAGCACGUGGGCAACGUUCAGGACUUUCUGCGUGUGCUUUUCGGCUUCCUCUACCGCAAAACGGACUUCUACCGCCUGCUGCGCCACCCGUCGGACCGCAUGGGCUUUCCCCCGGGGGCUGCGCAGGCGCUGGUGCUGCAGGUAUUCAAAACCUUUGACCACAUGGCCCGUCAGGAUGAUGAAAAGAGGAGAAAAGAGCUGGAGGAGAAAAUCAGGAGGAAGGAAGAAGAGGAGGCCACGGCGGUGGCAGCUGCCACAGCGGAGCAGGAGCCAGUCCCAGCCCCGGUUCAGGAGGUGGAGGUAGACUCCACCACAGACUCAGGUGGGCCCCAGGAGCCCCCAGGCCCACGGGGCGCCCUGCAGGAAGUGGCUGUCAGCUCUGGGGAGGCAGAGGCACCGGGAGCAGAUGCUGGCGCUGCUGAAGCCCCCAGGGAACCACCAGCUCUUCCCAAGAGACAGGAGCAGUUCCAGAGAAACCCCGACAGCUACAACGGUGCUGUGCGUGAGAACUACACCUGGUCCCAGGACUACACGGACCUAGAGCUCAAGGUGCCGGUGCCCAAGCACGUGGUGAAGGGCAAGCAGGUCUCGGUGACCCUCAGCAGCAGCUCCAUCCGGGUGGCUGUGCUGGAGGGUAAUGGGGAGCGUGUCCUCAUGGAAGGAAAGUUCACCCACAAGAUCAACACCGAGAGCUCACUCUGGAGCCUCGAACCCGGGAAGUGCGUCUUGGUGAGCCUGAACAAGGUGGGUGAGUACUGGUGGAGCGCCAUCCUGGAGGGUGAGGAGCAGAUCGACAUCGACAAAAUCAACAAGGAGCGCUCCAUGGCCACGGUGGACGAGGAGGAGCACGCCGUCCUGGACAGGCUCACCUUCGACUACCACCAGAAGCUGCAGGGCAAGCCGCAGAGCCACGAGCUGAAAGUCCAUGAGAUGCUGAAGAAGGGGUGGGACGCUGAAGGCUCUCCCUUCCGAGGCCAGCGAUUCGACCCCGCCAUGUUCAACAUCUCCCCGGGGGCUGUGCAGUUUUAAUGACUGGAGGAGAGGACGCCCUCGCCGGCAGGGAAGUGGGGCCUCGGUCGUGCCCCUCAGCUCCCUCCUGCCGGGGACUCGCUGUCUAGUUCACCUUUGCCAUCCUUUCUUUCAAGGGUGAACCGGUCUCCACCCCUGGCCCUGCGUCUCCAGACUGUUUGAGAGCAGGGCGGGGCUGUGCGGCCUUGCCGAGGGGGUGUGGGGAGCAGGGGCUGUCCCAGCAGGCGCAGCUCUGGGCCCUGCAGGCGCCGCUCGCCGCUCCCUCCCUCCCUGCACUCGCUGCUCUGCUCCUGUGCUCUCUGCUUGCUGUUCUCCGUGCGCUCGGGCGGGCAUGGGUGCCCCUAGGCUGUGGAAGCGCAGGCAGGGAUGUGCAGGCUGAGGGCUGGGCUCAGGGCCAGUUUGGGGAAGCUGCCGCCUUGCCCUCUUGCUGGGUGUGUUCUUGUGUAGUCUUGCCUGUCUGCUUGUAUGUGUCCCCUGCCUUCCUCGUCGGGGAGCCACGGAAACCAGGGUGCUGGUCUCUGGUUCCGGAUGCUGGAAGCGUCUCUGGUGGCCUCAGGCCCUGCACAGCAGGGUCUCUGUCUUCUGAUUGGCUUGUCCUGCUGCCCCCAGCCUGGCACUUUCCCCUGGGGGACUGGUUCUUGUCAGAGCAAGCUGGGCCAGGUGCCCUCAGGAGACCCCACGGUGUGCCACUGCUCACUGCAGCCCUGGGUCCUUUCUUGGCUGAAGCCAGACUGUGCCACCCAGAGCUUGGGGCCCUGCUCCCGCGGCUCUUCCAGGACCCAGAGCUCUUGCCCUCCGCCAGGACCGCACGGCUGCCCUAAUGGUUGUUACCUUGCAGGCCUCUGCACCCUGGAACCUGCCCUCGAGCUCUGUGUGCUGGACUUGGGGAGGAGGAGUCCUGGGGCUGGGGACGUUCCUUCUAGAAGCUUCCCCCUUCAGCUGCGUGGGUGGGAGCUGGUUCAUUGCCGUGCGUGGGGGCAGGUUUCUGGCUCACAGGGACCUGUAGACACAUCCCUGGGAAGCAGUUGCUUGCUCCGGUGCCAUCACGGGAGGUGUGUACCCCUGGUGACUGGUGGGAGCACCACCAAGGGGGCACGGAGCACUGUUGUUGGCUCUCGUCACCAAGGCUGGUCAUGGAGCUGCUGAGGCCCCCCUUCAGCGUUCUCUGGGUCUCACCUGUCCCAUGUAGUGAGAGGUCUCACCUGUCUGUGUGAGAACCGUUCUGGCGCCGUGCCUGUCUCCUCCCCUCCGCCACCACCAGGGGUCCUCUGCCGUCACCGGGUGGGGUAUGAGGCCUGCACCUUGGCUGUUUGGGAGCUGUGGACUCCAUGGUCAGUUGUCUUCCUUUUGCCUGAUUUUAUUUUCAAGUGUUCGCGUUUCUCCCCACCCCACUGGGGGUAAUAGCAGCUUGCCGGCAUCUGGGAGUGGCAGGCUGGAGGGCUUACCAUCCUGUGGGCUGCCUGCGCCCCUCGCUGCUGGCCUGGGCCCUGGACCUGUGCACUCUGCCUGUUUUCUCUCUUCAGACACGGCAGGAGCAGUUUGGCCACUGAGCUCCAUCAGCUGAGGUCCAAGGAAAAUGGGGUGCCCGCCUGCGAAAUCACCUUGUCUCCGGUGUUGGUUUGCAAUAAAUCUGUAUUUAAGCA